CGCGCGGGGCGGCUUCCGGGGUCCCGCGCGCUGCUGUCACCGCGGCCGGCGAAUUGGGGUCCGGCGGGACCUGUGCUCGGCGGGCAGAGCUCGGCUCCGGGGCCGCGGCGCCGCCGUGGAUGGGCGCGGGGGCCGGGACGGUGCCGGGAUGGCGAAGGCGAGGGUGCUGGCCCCCGAGCGCGCCCCGGGCGACCCCGCGCCUGAGCCCGAGCUCGUCAAGAAGCCGAAUCGGAAGAAAAACAGGAAGAAAAGAUUUUGGAAGAACAAAGCGCGAGAAGCAGGCAGAAAGCCGGGAAACGGCCCCGGCGUGGUCGUGGUGCGACCUCCAAAGGCACCGGAGGACUUUUCCCAAAACUGGAAGGCGCUGCAGGAGGAGUUGCUGAAACAAAAAUCACAGGCCCCGGAAGAGGCUCUUGUUCUCUCUCAGACGGAUUCCGAAAAGCAGCCCCAAGGUGUCCAACAAAACAGGAAAGUGAUCUCAGAUAAAGCAAAGAGAGAUGAGAUGGGGACAGAAAACACAGACCCCAAGGCCACGCGGGGCUCUGUGCCCUCAGGAUUUCUGAAGAACAGGAAGAUCCGGGCACAGCGCAAUGAGAAAGGAGCGAAGAAAAGGACCAAUGAUGACAUUUCCCCGAAACGAGGAGAAAUCAGACAUAAGAAGUGCAAAGCUGAGGAGGUGGCCGCCACCUUGCCUCCGGCCCCGCCCACCGAAGAAGACAUCUGGUUUGACGACGUCGACCCAGCGGACAUCGAAGCAGCCAUCGGCCCGGAGGCAGCCAGGAUAGCACGGAAGCGGCUGGAUCAGAGCGAGAGCACCAUCACGCUGGUGAAGGAGCGGGCCUUCAGUGGGUACGCGGGCCUGACUAAAGCCUUAGCCGUGGACUGUGAGAUGGUGGGCGUGGGCCCCAAGGGGGAAGAGAGCAUCGUGGCCCGCGUGUCCCUGGUGAACCAGUACGGGAAGUGUGUUUAUGACAAGUACGUGAAGCCAGCCCAGCCGGUGACUGACUACAGGACGGCGGUCAGCGGGAUCCGGCCCGACGACCUGGCGCAGGGAGAAGAAUUUGAAGUCGUUCAGAAGGAGGUGGCAGACCUGCUGAAGGGCCGGAUUCUAGUCGGACACGCGCUGCACAACGACCUGAAGGCGUUGUUUCUUGGUCACCCGAAGAAGAAGAUCAGGGACACUCAGAAGUACAAGCCUUUCCGGAGCCAAGUGAAGGCAGGGCCUACAGAGGCCCCACCCGAGCGUGGCUGUGCGCCGCCCUCUCCCCUGGCAGAGUGGACGGCCGUCUCUGAAGCUGCUUGCGGAGCGAGUCCUGGGGAUCCGGGUGCAGCAGACGGAGCACUGCUCGAUUCAAGAUGCGCAGGCAGCGAUGAGGCUGUACGUCCUGGUGAGAAAGGAGUGGGAGAGCAUCGCCCGAGACCGGCGGCCCCCGGCCUCCAGCGCCCACGGUAACGACGCCUAGCAGGAGCCCCGUCCCGUGCCGCGCUCGCGGGCAGCUGUGACCAAGCCGCCGGGCAGAUGGAGUCCCCCCCGGAGCAGUGACCCUGUGGGAAGGUUUCAGAAUCGUGGCAACAGGGGCACGCGGCGUGCUUGCUGCUGGGCAGAACGUCUCCUGUCUGGUUGUGGCGUCUGAGACUCAUCCCCGCACGUGGGACGGGAGGAGGGGCUGUCCCUGGGGAUUCCCCGGGUCCCAGGACCAGAAGCGCCUAGUUGUCCCCAGGUGUGUGGCACCUUCCUCCGAGGAGGCCCCUUUCCCUCGUUGCCUCGGCCAACGGAAAGGAAAGAACUCCGCGGCCUCGAGCCUGGACCGCGCGGCUGUGGGUAGCCCGGCAGCAGCCUCGUCGAGGGGUUUUCAGCGGUUCCUUUCUCACCCGCUGCACACAAGUUUAAACUGCAGGUCGGGGCCCACGGCCGGCGUGGGGAGCUCGGGCUGCCCAGCGCGGUGGCAACAGUUCUCCCCAGGGGUGGGCGACUCCCCGACUAGGAUGGACGUUCUGACCACGGGCGGCCCGCAGCCCUCUCCCCCCCGGCCCGGGGCGGGGGGCUUUCUGAGCACAGGAGCAGCCGGUUGCAGUGAGUGGAGCGUUUAGCAGCAGGCUAUACUGAGCCCUUGCCGUACAAAGAGUCUGAACCCACAGGGGAUGUUGUGUGACAUAAACGCAGGUUUUUACUUGAGCUGGAGCGUGUGAAGCCUCAGUGUCUGAGGGGACUGCCGUGUCCCCCUGCUGGUCCUGGGUGACACCUCUCCCUGACCCCCACCCCUAAGGAGACGCCCUGUGGCAGUGGGCGCCCUGUCAGGUACAGCCUGAGGAGGGAGAGGCAGACCUCCCCGGGCGGCUGCCUGCGACAGGUCUACUGCCCCCCGUCGGAGCUGGGCCGCGAGGCCUCUUCCAGUUUCUGAAGCACACUUUGUGCAUAAGAGACCAGCUCCUGCAAGGAGAACAGUAGGUCAGCCGUUUCCAUGGACGGUCUCUGGGCCCACGAGUAACUUCUGUUACUUAAUCUGCUUUUCUUCGAAGCGGUCUCACUGCUGCUUCUCUCCAGGGUUUACCUUGUUCAGGUCGUGGACACGGUGAUACAGGGAGAGCCUCAAAACCACACACGCGGCAGCCCCAGUCGCCUCCACACAAACCACUGCUCCGGCCCCUGGACUCUGUGCCACCCAGGUCUGGCCGAGGCAGCCCCCCAACACUCACCAGGCUGGAGGUGAAGCGCCCGUGGAUCUCCUCGACCAGGGGCUGGAUGCCGCUGGACACCAGCUCUGACAGGAUGUCCUCUGCGGGCAGAGCAGAAGAGGGUCCCGAGGCUUAGCAUGCGCCUGGCACGGAGGGUUCCUGCCCCUCCCCCAGUGGUCAUAGCCGCUAGCAGGGCGCCUCUUGAACGCUGGCUUCCAGGGACGGCGUGACGAGGGCAGGGGGUCCUCACUGUGGGAGGCGAGGUGGGCCAGCAGCAUGCAGAUGCUCUCCACCACCUCCGGGUCGUCCUGGUGGAGCUGGUACGUCUCCUGGAUGAGGGUGAGGCCGCUGCUGCCCUCCUCGGGCAUCACCACCUGCAGGGCCGCCAGCUCUGGGCGUGGGCGAGGGGGGGGUGGGUGACGGUGGUACUGAACACGUGGGGCAGCAAGGGCCUCAGCCGGCAGGGGGCGCCACGCUGUGCUGCAGCGCGGGGCCGCCAAGGCCGGGCUUUUCCUGGCUCUGCAUCUGCGGGCGUCCUCUGGUGGGGUGUGCACCCGCCUCUCUCUCCAUCCCAGCAGCCCCCAAGGCCAGUGUGCUUGUAGAGAGGGUGCUGGGGACGCUCCAGGGCACCUGCCUGCCCCGUGAGGAGGCCCGUCAGUGUGGGGUUGGGCCUGGCUCCUGGGGGGCUGGGGGCCCGUGAGAGCAGUGACCCGUGAGGUCACGUAGUUGUCAGAUCCUCCUGGAGCCCAGGGAGAAGCUGACCCUCCAGAGCGUAGACUUAGCCGUCAACAGCCAGCAGGAGGCAAAGCCGAGAUUCCCGGCUCUGGGGUGCCGCACGCUCGCUGGGUUCUGACAACCCCGCUCCUUGUUCACUGAGCCACGUGCCUUUUGCUCUCGGGGCUUCAGCACCCCACCCCGUUUGACGGCGGGAUCCCGGCGGGAGUGGGGGGUAGGCCCGGAGAUCCCGCCCGCUCUGGAGGUUCUCUCCAGGAGUGAAGGUCACCCCCACUCCCUGCUUCAGGCCGAGUAGCAGGCAGAGACCCACCAGCCUGCACACCCAGCAGGGGCCGGACCUCACAGGGGCCAAACCACCCCACACGGCGGGCAACCUCUGCCAGGCUCCAGGCCCCGAGUGUCCGUUAGGGCUCGUGGUGCCAAGUCGGGUGCAGAACCUGGGCCGGGGGCUUAGGAACAGCUGGGCUUUGCGUGGAGGCGGAGUUCAGAGCCCUGACUCGGGCUGUUUUCAGAGCCACACCUGGAGGGGAGCCUGCGCACACGCCAGGCUUGUGGGUGGCAGGCAAGGUGGUCACCGUGCAGAGUUGCAGAGAGCAGUGGGAAGUGAGGGUACAGGUCUGCGCGGUGACGUCUGGGCGAUGGGACUGUAGGUGUUUCCCCUCCCUGCUUUGAGCGUGUGCUUGCUUUUGGUUUGGGGCUGCCGGCAGGCGUUGCAGGGGGAGUCUGCCCCCGCCUCCUAGUGGCAGCCCCGGCCGUCCCCAGGCUCACCGGACAUCUUCGCGAGGCUGGCCAGCGCCUGGCAGGCAUUGUUCACCAGCAGGGCUCGGUCCUGGCACGCCCGGAUGCUUUGCAAGAUUAGGACCACCACCUCUUCCAACUGCUGCUCGCCUAUGCAGCCUGCGGGGGGCCACACGUGCCUCGUCUCGAGGGCCCAGGGCCACCUCUCCGGCCCCGGGGCCCCGGGCUGCUCACCCAGCAACGACAGCAGCCACAGGACUGCACAGCUGGCUUCAGCCAUCUCCGCAUCCGUGGGGUAGGUGGCCAGCACCUCAGCAAUGAGGGCCGGGGCUUUCUCCCAGGGGGCCUUGUUCACGAUGACAGCUGGAACAGGACGGGGUGGAGGAGGGGACGCCUACUCCUUGGUGGCGCAGAAGCUGGGGGGGAGGGGCAACCCCAGCCUGCCAGCCAGUCUGUAGGGUAGGAAUCGGCAGGGCCCCCAAGGGGAGGUCUGGGAAGCCCUGCGUGCCGGGUGUGGGCAGGCUCUCCACGGUCGGGAGCCCUCUUUUCCUUGGGGAAAAUGACCUCCCAGGUGCUGGAGGGCCAAGUGGGGCCUGGAGAGGGAGUGGCACGGCCUGGGAGCACCCCCUUUCUGAAUCAGAAGUCAGGAUGGUUUGCCCAGUGCUAAGGCCAGCUUGUGGAACCAGGGACUGCCCAGGAAAUCCCACGAUGUGCGUGAGCUGGAGGGUUCCAUGGGCCGGGCACGAGGGGGUCCGAAUAUGAACCCACCCCUCCCCAGGAUACUGGUGCAGCUUCUCCCGUCCACCCUGGCCCUUUGUCUCCCUCUCCUCCCGGCUGUCGGGUGGUUAGGGCGCAGCCCCGGGCCCGCUCACCGUCCACCAGCAGAGCCCAGAGCAGCCUCAGGCCGUUCAAGCAGGUGUCCCUGUUCCUGGGGAGGGCGUCCAGGCGCUCCAGGAUGCACUCGCACAGCCCGGCCCUCCGCAGCUCGUCUGUGGCCAGUCCUGCAGGUGGGCCCCGGCAUUAGGACCACAGAGAACACCUGGAGGAAGCCCUCCCUGGCGGCCACCCCUUCUCUGUGGUCCUAGGGCACUGCAAUCCCAUGCAUCCCACGCCAGUGGUGCCUACUUGGCCAGUUCCAUGCCCAGCAUGAGACCCAGAAACAAGGGUAUGAGCCAUCCCCUGGGCCACCGUUCCAGCACCUCCCAUCCCAUUGCUGGGCUGGGACCGGCCUCUGAGCUUUCCUUCCAAGAUGGGACCACGACUGUGUUCUCUCAGGGUGAUCACCUGGCAUUGUUUGCCAGGUGGUCCCGAUUUACAGCUGCUGUCCCAACAUGGCUACUCAUGGCAGCCCUUUGCACUUCUCGGCGCGGGGUCAAUGAAAUGUGGUAAAUUGCCUGGUGAGUGUAGGGUGGGCUGGGGGCUGCGGGGCUCCAGGUGAGGCCCCAGCUUCCCUUUGGAGAGAACGACGCCCACCCGGUUAGUGGCUGGAGAUGGGGAACAUGUGUAAAGCCCUCGGGGGUGACCCUCUCCCCACACUGUCCCCCGACUGCUCGCUGGUGGCCUCUGGAGCGGGGCCGGUGGGGCAGCAAGGGCGGGAACCCGAAACACGUCGGCGUGAAGCCCACGGGGGCGCCUGGCUGCGGCCCGUGCGUGUUGCCAGAGGGACACGUGACUGUGAACAUGGAAGCUGGGGACGGAGCAGCUGUCCCCUCGGGGCAUCCCGGCGCUGCCCGCCUGAGCCCUGCGCCCACGGGAGGGCGGCGCCCACCCUGGCUGGCGACGGUGAGCGGGCGGUGCACCGUGACCAGGGGCUGCUGCUCCUUGGGGUGGCUCCGCGCACGCUCAGCGGCACGGGGGCCAUGGUGCUGUCGCUCGGCGCCGUGGCCGCUGGGUCCUGCCCCAGUGCUGCGCAGGCCAGCAGAAGAGGCCGGGGAACCCUGAGCUGGGGCCACGGUGGGCAGACAGCGGGCGGGGGCGGGGGCGGGUCUCCGGGGAGAAGGCCGAGGUCGGGGCUCCAGUGCACCGUAAGUGCUUACUGCACGACCGAGCCAAGGACCGGAGGGCUGGGGCCCCUGCCAGGGCUGUGAGCACGUGCGGUGUAAAGCAUUACGUGGAAAUUCAGCCUAAAUAUUCAAGUGAGAAAGGCAGUGAAGUAUUUCCAGUUUAAAAAUCGGAGGCCAGGCCCUCGGGCUCUCAGCUCCAGCCUCUCCCAUCCCUCCUCAGCUGCCCUCCUGGGAGCCCACGCCUGGGACCCCAUCCCACCUGCCUGGGCUCACACCACAGGACCCCUAUGACCAGCUCCUCGUUUCAUGCCUGGAGAUCAGCCAGAAAGGGGGAGCAGCUGGUCCAGGGCCACAGAGGCAGGCCUCAGGCGGUGCCCCAGACUCCUGGCUGCGCCCUGCCUGUCAUCCUGGGGUGGGGUUGGGUGCCCAGAGGGUCAGACGCCAGGGCGAUGACUGGCGUGGGAGGGCGGGGGUAGGAGAAGCCAGCUGUGCCCGGAGCCCACCUUGGCCCCGGGUGCGGAGCAGCAGGGAGCAGGCACACGGCUGUGCGUCAAGGACCCUGUCGUGCUGCUUCACGGUGCCGGCCAACACCUCCGCCAGCUCCGCCGGCCACGGCACACCUGGCAGCGUGGGGGGCAGAGUGAGACUCGGCGUACGAGCAGGUGGCGGGAGGGAGUGUGGACCAGACCCUGAUGGGAGUCUGCAGGGCGUCACACGUGGGCCCCUGGGUGGAGAAAGUUGGGUGAAGAGGUGUUCUCGUGCACUCUUGGGAGGUGAGAAAGUUGAUGCAGCGACGGAGGGCCAUUUGCAGUAUCUAUGGAAACGUGAAGUAUUCACAGCCUGCACAUCUAGGAAUUUACCCUGCAGAAGCACACAGAACACACGCACAUGCCCCGGGGUGGGCUGUGUAACAUUGCUUAUGAUACCGGGGAGUCGGCAACCACUCAAAUAGCCAACCAGAGGGAUGGUGGCAGGGACGGGGUGGCUAUUCAGCAUCCAUGAACAGCACGUGAGGGGGGCCCCAGGAAGUGGUUCGGAUGCCGAGCCCAGCCCCCGCCCACUUGUCUGCUCACUGAAAGCGGGCGGCACAGGAGGAAGUCCGGGCUCCUGUUCCAAGCAGGUGGUAAAGCCGUGCAUGCUCAUGGGAAUGUAAACGGGCGUCAGAAAGUACCAGCCAGGGAAGCUGGAAGGGCCGGGGCACCUGGGGGAAGGUGAGAGGGUGGCGGCUCUACCUUGCUGGUCUUCAGACAUCCCCAGGAGCCUCUCCAGGGCCGUCUGCUGGUCUUCGGGGUGGCUGGAGAAGUUCUGCAUGACCUCUGUGGGGGACAGGGCAGCACGGGGAGGCGCCUUGGCUCAGGGACCCGCCUGAGGGCCGGGGCACCAGGGGCGCAUCCGUGAGCACCACUGCACAGGCCCACGUGACCCGGCGCGAGGUGGCGACCUUAUCAUCCUCACCUUCCCGGCCGAGCCACCCGUCCAAAGUCGAACCUGGAUCUGCCUGAGAGCCCGCCCAGGGGGGUGCUUCCACUCCACACCUCCCUCAGGUAACUCCCUCCAGGGUACUCGGGGCGAUGACCUUCAGCUGGACCCAGCUGUCUGCCUCCAAAGCCCAUGGCCACGAGACAGGGAGACAGCAGCUGGGCCCUCACGGGUCCCCUUCUCCAGAAAGGGAGGCAGAGGUGGCAGCCCCUUAUCACAGGCAGCCCGCGCAGGGAGCCACUGACGGGGAGGAGGGAUGGGAGGGCGGAGCCACCCCCGAACUGGAAGAUGACCUCCAGAUCCAUUCUCUGCCCAAGACCGUGGGGGUAGCCCCCAGCCUGGGGCACGCGGAGGAGUCUAUCCUGUGUGCCUUUGUGGGGUGGGGGGUGACCAGCCAGCACUGUGCCUGGAGCCUCAGGCCUGCACAUGUCACAUUGCACACGGAGCCCCUGGGCCACCUCACCUUCCUGCAGGGCCGUGCCUGCUGGUCCACGGUGGCUGCUGUGCCGGCCCCAGCGUGAGCACCAUUCUGGGCACGUAGCAACCACACAGGAGGUGCUGCUCAUUGGGGAAGACACUCCAGGCACCGGGCCGCCAUGUGCCGGGCAAGCGAGCAAAAAGCGGGGAGUCUGUGGUGGGGUGCGUGGCAGUGAGGGGCUGUUCGGUGACGUCGAGGACUGUGUAGCCGGAACAGAGGGGAAGCAGGUGGGGGCCUGGCCACAGAGAUGAACUCUGCUCUAGGUAAGCUCGGGGGUAUCUGAGCGGGGUGGUACCCUGAGCAAAGCAGUGCUUGGGAUGGACGAGGGGCAAGCCCACCGGCCAUGUGUGAGGAGCAGUCCAGGGGACUGGGGGGGGUCACUGCCCCCCAGCUAAAGACAAUGGGGUGCCAGGGCCACAGCAGCCUCUGGCGCCGCCCCCUCAGGGCCCCGUCAUCACCUAAGAUGCUGGUGACGUUGCUUUCUAGCAGCCUGUCGAUGAUGAAGUCGGGCACCACCUGCCGGUGCGGCAUCAGGGCACUGCUGGAGGACCUGAAGUCGCUGCUCACAAACAAGUGAAUCACGUCCCUGGGGAGGGGCAGAGAGCCGCCAGCUGGCCCUGCGUCCCCUCUGCGUCCAGCAGCUGCUGGGCCUCCACCUGUUUUGGGCACCCACUUGGGAGCACCUCUCCCAGCAUCACGGUGCGUCCAGCGGGCACCGCAGCAAUUCCCGCUCCAGGAGGGGCCGAGGGAGGACAGUGCUGGGCCCUGGCGCUUGCACUCGCGUGGGCCCCUUCCUCCAUAACAUAGACCCAAAAAUCACAAUU